AUGGGGAAGCAGAACAGCAAACUCCGCCCGGAGAUGCUCCAGGACCUGCGGGAAAACACGGAGUUCUCCGAGCUGGAGCUGCAGGGCUGGUACAAAGGUUUCCUGAAGGACUGUCCCUCGGGGAUGCUCAACGUGGAGGAGUUCAAGAAGAUCUACGCCAACUUCUUCCCCUACGGAGACGCCUCCAAGUUCGCCGAGCACGUUUUCCGCACCUUCGACACCAACGGCGACGGCACCAUCGAUUUCAGGGAGUUCAUCAUCGCCCUGAGCGUCACCUCCCGCGGCAAGCUGGAGCAGAAGCUCAUGUGGGCCUUCAGCAUGUACGACCUGGAUGGCAACGGCUACAUCAGCCGGGAGGAGAUGCUGGAGAUCGUGAAGGCCAUCUACAAAAUGGUCUCCUCUGUGAUGAACAUGCCUGAAGACGAAUCCACUCCGGAGAAAAGGACGGACAAAAUCUUCCGACAGAUGGAUACUAAUAACGACGGGAAGCUCUCGCUGGAGGAAUUCAUCACAGGCGCCAAGAGCGACCCGUCCAUCGUGCGCCUGCUGCAGUGCGACCCCAGCGGGCCCAUGCAGUUCUGAGAGCCCCACGGA